CUCUGCUUCAUCAGAGAGAAUAUGAAAGACAAAGUCGAUAACAGGUACGGGAGAUAAGAAAAGGGGGCUUUAAAAACAGGUAAAAAUAAAAUCAGUGAGCUUAAAUAAAAAGUAUAUUUAAAUGCGUUAACGCUGAUUUUUAUUUACUCUCUUCAUAUAUAAUUGUUCGCAUCGGAUGUGUAACAUUAGUUAAAAUGUAAAAUCUAAUAGUUAUACAAGUGAAUGUUGCCAACUGGUGCUUUGGAUGACAUGCCAGCCUCAGUCUGUUGGUAACCACAAGAGGGCAGACUCGCGCAAAAAAUCAACAACCACUACUACGAUUAACCGACAGACAACCUUCCUAGUCCCAGAUCUCUAAAUGCAUUUCACGGACAUAAAGCAACCGAGUAAAAUUCAGGAAUCACCCAGAAGCUGUUACACUUUGCAAUAGGAAUACAAAGAAAUUUUGAGAAAAAAAUCCAAACAGCAGACCAAAGGUCAUACACAGAGAUAGGUUACCCAUCUCUGGCUAUCUGCAAGCAUGUUCUACGUGAAAAUACGCGUCCCCGUGGGGGAACUCCGCCUUGCAACGGACUGAGAACACAAGUCCAACGAUCCCCACUCACAGAACUCCCACCUCUUGCCAUUCACCAUUGGCGUAAUAUACGCGCUUUGGGAACGCCUCCCACAUCUCCGAUUGGACAGAACUGCCUGCCGUCAUAAAAGCAACACGGAAAACGAUUAAAAAAAAGUUAUGGAGCGAAGCCUAAUCGGAUCACGUCUGUUGCAUGCUGCUGCAUAGUUUUCAGAAUAAAAAAAAAUCCACUGUGCUUCUGGAAAAAACAGGAGAGAGCGCAGAGCGCGCGACGAGGAGCAACGAGCAGAGUUUCUGUGUUUUGAAAGGAUCAGAUAACCGAUAACCGCUCAGUUCGGGGGAGGACCAGGUAUGUUUUCCCGUUUCUAAGGACUGCCUUGCUGAUGUCACCAUGGAGGAGUGCUGGCGAGUAGGACAGGUGCGCAUGGUGAAGUUGCCUCAGUAGGUUCGGAUGAGGAACUAUCAGUGACAGAGGAGUUUUUCAGCAGCUGAUGAACCUCGUAUAAGCCCAUUUUUUUCACGUUUUCCUGUAUUUUUUUUUAAAUAAACUAUUUCCGUCAGUAUUGUCAAAUGUGCUGACGUUUCCUGAAGUCCAGAGUGGGAUAUAUGCUAUUUUUUCCCACGCUUUUCUAACAGGCACUGGUGCGCGCAAACUGCUGGACUCACCGGUUCCGUCCUGCUCUGUAACAAAUAUCGGGGUGUAACAGUGCGGGGGAAGCUACUGUUGUUUAUUAACCGCACAUUGCUGUGAACUGGGGUGUGGGAUCGAGACGCCCCAGCAUCAGAAUCAGCACUUUCCGCUUCAAUGCGACACUGACGCAGCUGGUCUCACAUUCCAGUCGCGGACAGGUGAUGCUCGGAUAAGUCAGUGGAAGGAUAUUUGAUUCUUAGGAGCAGCUGAGCGAAAAACAACAAGCAAACAAACAAACAAGCCAAAAAACAAGAGUUGUUUUCCUUGAGAUGGAAUACAGCACAAGGCAGCAGCAUCAACUUCUCUAAUCGGCAAUGAUUUUUCCGUGCGUCAUUGCGUCUUAGGGUUUGAAGCGAUUGUUGCUUUGAAGGACAAUCGUUCUUGGACUUCCCUAUAGGUUUACAACAUCUACCAACAAUGUCCAAGACACUGAAAAAGAAGAAGCACUGGUCAAGUAAAGUGCAGGAGUGCACCGUCUCGUGGGGAGGUUCCGGGGAGCUGGUCACUGUAGCUGAGGUGCGAGGUGGCGCUGAGCUGGGAGAGUUCCCCUAUCUUGGACACAUAGUGUCGGAGGCGUUGGUGUGUCACGCCGGGAGGCUUCCAAGCAGUGGGGACGUUCUGCUGGAGGUUAAUGGCACUCCCGUGAGCGGACUCACAAACCGAGACACGCUGGCUGUCAUCCGCCACUUUCGGGAGCCAGUCCGCCUGAAGACUGUGAAACCAGUAUCUUGCAGGUUGAAGCCAGGUGACUGGAUCCUAAUCAGGGUACUCCAGAGGAAAAAUUGGAGCUCACCCCGUUGGGAAGGACCAUACCAAGUGCUUUUAACCACGCCGACUGCCUGCAAGAUUGCAGAAAGACCAUCCUGGAUUCACCAAAGCCACUGUAAGAAAAACUGGACGGGUAUGUGUGCUCCGAUCUUCAUAUCCGAUCACACAUUCAAGAUAAACACCGACAACCAAUCAUACGCAAGAAGGAAAAGGUCAACCAGCUUAUCAGCUCCAACAGCACAUGACCCAAUAUGGGGCUCUGACGUCCCACAGGAAUUCAAGCUUUGGACUACAGGACAGAAAGUGCUGCACUCACUCUUUCCAUGGGUGGGCACAGGAAAAAAUGUGCUGAGGUGGCUUUUAAGUGGCUCGUGGACUGUUUUGCUGUAUAAAGGUCUAAUAUUCAUAGGACUCUUACUUGUAUUAUUCUGUGUAUUCUCCACAUGUAUUCUCCCUUGUCUCAGGAAGAUGAUUUCUAAAAUGAUUUCCACAUCAUUGACAGCUUAUGUUACUGUACCAAUGGAUGACAAAAAUGAUCUGAGUAACAGUGAAGAUAACUUUGAAGACGAAGAUGUUUAUGUGUGAGAAGAAAAUCUUAAAGACGACCUGUGAAGCUAGAUUGCAAUAUAAGUAACACAUAAUGAUGACAUGUUUGAAAAUGCUAGGAGCAAGAGAACAUGUUCUGAAACAAAGUGUGAAACGUGUUGAAAUGAGCUAAAACAGGAGGGAAUGUUAAAGGAUUUUUAUAUGUAUUCUGCUCUAUUGUAGUUAAAAAUCCCUAGUUGUUUAGCUUCAUUUAAACUCCUGCAUACAUUGUGUUUCAUGACAAAGCUUGCAUGAGGAAAUACCACAGGUGCCUCCACCCUUGCUGAGUUUGCUGAGAUAAGCUUGACCAGUUCCUAUUUUUAACUGUUUGAACAUAUGUUUCAUGCUUAUCACCUUGUAAGGAGUUGUUUUACACACAAGGGGCACCGACCUGACAUAUUUUAGGAAGGAGCAGUGUAUAAAUAAAGAGGGAACUGAUGUCUCAGUGUGAGUCUCCACUGAGAUCACCCAUGUAUAUA